AUGUCGUUGUCUUCAGUCCACGCUCAUCUCACACUCCUCGCUCUUUUAUCCGCCACAACCUUUUAUUGCUUCUACAAGUCUCGCCGCUUAAGAAACCUCAAGCUAACAACACUCUCUCUUAACCCUAACCCUAACCCUAACCCUAAGAUCCUCUUUCUUUCCGAAACCGGCACUUCCAAAUCCCUCGCUAACCGUCUCCAUCGUUUUCUCGCUUUAAACGGCGUCGUUGUUGACCUUAUCGAUGGCAGAAACUACGAGCCUGAGGAUCUUCCCAAAGAAACGCUCAUUCUCAUCGUUGCUUCCACCUGGGAAGACGGAAAACCGUCGCCUGCUUAUAGAUUCUUCGCGGAUUGGCUCGCUGAGAGUUCCGAAGACUUUCGAGUUGGUUCUUUACUGCUCUCGAAGUGUAGGUUUGCGGUUUUUGGUGUAGGUAGCGGAGUUUACGGGGAAAAUUUCAAUGCGGUUGGUAAGGAUCUCGGUAAACGGAUGAAAGCGCUGGGGGCUGCUGAGUUGAUUCCGUUGUGGGAAGGGGAUGUUGAUGGUGGUGACUUGGAUGGGGUUUUUGAUCAGUGGUGUGGGAAGGUGGUUGGAUUGUUGAAAGGGGAUGGUGAUGUUGUUGGUGAUUUGGAGAACGGGGAUGCAGAAUAUGGUGUUUUGAGUUCUGAUGAAGAGGAAUCUGACGAGGAAGAGGCGGAGUCGGAGAUUGUUGAUCUUGAAGACAUUGCUGGUAAAGCUCCUUCGAGGAGGUCGGUCGCAACAGUGAAGGAGACUAAUGGGAAGUUGAAUGGCAAGAAAGAAAUGGUGACUCCUGUGAUUAGAGCAAAUUUGGUGAAGCAGGGAUAUAAGAUUAUCGGUUCACAUAGUGGUGUCAAGAUUUGUAGAUGGACCAAGUCACAGCUUCGAGGUCGAGGUGGUUGCUACAAGCAUUCAUUUUAUGGAAUUGAGAGUCACAGAUGCAUGGAGGCAACCCCUAGCUUGGCAUGUGCAAAUAAAUGUGUUUUCUGCUGGAGGCAUCACACAAAUCCAGUAGCAAAAAGUUGGCAAUGGGAGAUGGACGAUCCAUUAGAGAUCGUAAAUUCCGCAAUAGAGCAGCAUACAAAUAUGAUUAAACAGAUGAAAGGAGUUCCUGGAGUCACCUUGGAGCGAUUAAAUGAAGGUUUCACACCACGGCAUUGUGCAUUAUCUCUUGUUGGCGAACCUAUUAUGUAUCCAGAGAUAAAUGCACUUGUGGAUGAGUUGCACAAAAGGAGAAUUUCCACUUUUCUAGUAACAAAUGCACAAUUUCCAGAGAAAAUUAAGUCGCUGAGGCCUAUCACCCAGUUAUAUGUCAGUGUUGAUGCUGGAACAAAGGACUCUCUAAAGGCAAUCGAUAGACCGCUCUUUGGAGAUUUUUGGGAAAGAUUUAUUGAUUCCUUGACUUCUCUGAAGGAAAAACAUCAGCGUACUGUGUACCGCUUGACCCUUGUGAAAGGGUGGAAUGCUGAAGAAGUUGACGCUUACUAUAAUCUCUUUAGUUUAGGAGAGCCCGACUUCAUUGAAAUCAAGGGUGUUACAUAUUGUGGCUCGACUGCUACAUCAAAAUUGACAAUGGAGAAUGUCCCUUGGCAUGCCGACGUGAGAGCUUUCUCAGAGGCUCUGGCUCUGAAAAGUCAAGGGGAGUACGAAGUUGCAUGUGAGCAUGUUCACUCGUGUUGCGUCCUUUUAGCAAAAACUAAGAAGUUCAAAAUUGAUGGCCAGUGGUAUACAUGGAUAGACUAUGAGAAAUUUCAUGAUCUGGUGGCUUCUGGAAGUACUUUUGAUAGCAAAGAUUAUAUGGCUGCCACACCAUCCUGGGCCGUCUAUGGAGCUGAGGAAGGUGGAUUUGAUCCAGCACAAUUGAGAUAUAGGAAAGAGAGACAUCACAAGUCGACCCGCAAAGAAUCAGGUUAG